CGAACAAGGUUUAUAUUUCAUAUUUCGCGCAUUUUUUAUUACGACGCAUGCUUGGUGUAUGACAGAUGUAUCCUAACCCAAACAGUUGUCAAUUCUAAUAUGACUAUUGCUAAUACCUCGCUUCACGAAACGGAGUGACGUUUUUUUCUCGAGAUUCUUUCUUUUCGUACAAAAAACGUAUUGAUUAAACUUAAAUUUAUCAGUAUUGAUACAGAGGUAGCUAAACUGAAUGAUUAUUUAAUAAUAAUUAUAAAUGUCAAUAAUAUAACCUUUCACGGAAAACAAAUUUAAAUUUCUGGAGCAAAAGCAUAUGAAGCUCGUUUUUUAUUUGUACAAUUGAACUUUUAUUCAUCUUGUUAUCGUCUAUUAGCAAAAUGGAUAUUCUAAAAGCGGAAAUAAUGAGGAAACGCAAGGAGCUAGAAGAAAGUCACGUCUUGGGAAAUAAAAAAUAUUUCAAGAGGAGUCAACUAAUAUCGAAGCAACAGGAAGUACACGAAACUGACAAGGGAAGCAAUGAAGUUGCUCCUUCAAACAUUAGCCAACAAUCAGAAGAACACUUAACAGAUAGUAGUUCCGAACAUUUGCUGUCCAGGCAAGAAGUAAUCAGGCGAUUACGCGAACGAGCAGAGCCCAUUUUGUUAUUUGGUGAAUCCGAGAUAGAAGCAUUCAAGAGAUUAAGGAAAUGUGAAAUCCUUGAGCCAGAAGUGAACAAGGGCUUCAGAAAUGAUUUUCAAGAGGCCAUGGAGCAAGUAGAUCAGGCAUAUCUCAACGAAAUCUUGACAUCCUCCAAAUCCCAAAAUCUCGAUGGAAAAGGAGAUGUUAACGUGCCUGAUGAAGGUGUCACUUACGAAGACAUAGAGAAAAUGUCGACUAAAUUGAACAAGGGAGACAAGGAUUUUGAUAUGAAUGUUAUUACCUUGUUUGUACAAUAUCUAGUCCAAAUAUGGGGCAAUCAGUUAAAUAGUCGUUCAGCCGUCGAAAAGAUGAGCACGAAGGGCAAGAUGGAUAGCGCCACAUAUGCUCAAACGAGAGAGUAUUUGAAACCACUUCUAAGAAAAUUGAAGAACAAAUCUUUGCCAGAGGAUAUAACUGACAGUUUAACAGAAAUCGUCAAACAUUUGCUGCAGCGUAACUAUAUACUGGCUAGUGAUGCUUAUUUGCAAAUGGCAAUAGGCAACUCUCCAUGGCCUAUUGGUGUAACUAUGGUCGGCAUUCACGCCCGUACCGGUAGAGAGAAAAUCUUCUCCAAGAAUGUUGCUCAUGUCAUGAAUGACGAAACUCAGAGAAAGUACAUUCAAGCACUCAAAAGACUGAUGACUAAAUGUCAAGAAUAUUAUCCUACAGACCCUUCACGUUGCGUAGAAUACUCGAAAAAUUAGAUUUUUACGACAAAAUGUAUAAAAAGUUUAUAGCACUAUAAUUCAUAAAUUUAUUUCUACAUGUAAUUACACAUUUACAUAUUAAUGAUAUUAGAGAUAACAUAGAAUAGAUCUUUUACAAAAUAAAUUUAUUAUAGUUUGUAAUAUUUUUUUUUGAGGUAGUUGAUAGAACAAUACACUGUCUAUAUGGAUUUGAGAAACAUUGUAAGUAAAAAAUCAUUAUACGGAACCCGUAUAAAAUAGGUUUUUUUAAAUUAGGAAAUUCUGUAAAUCUAAUAACUUUUCUAAGAAUGUGAAGAUUCUUUUGAGAAAAAUUAUAAAAUAAAAUUUAAAAUAUAUAGAAAAAAUCAAUUUUUCUCUUUUUUUUCGAAAAACCGACUAUGAUAAUAACAACAAACUUUUUCAUAGUCGUAUUGAUUUUAUUACAUUGUAUAAAGGAAAUUGUAUAUCUUACUUGUGAGAAUUCCCUAAUAUUUAAAUUUUAACAAAAAUUGACUUGUGUUAUUUCUCAAAUAAGUGAUUUAUAAGUAUUUAUUAUACACACUUUUAAUAUCAAAAUUAACUAUACUGAGGUUCCCAAAGAUAAAAUAAAAAAAAUUUAUAUUGCAUUACAUGAAACUAAUAUCUUUAAAUAUUUAAAUAGCUUAUAUAAGUAAUAAUAUCAUACAUAAAUAUCAUACAUUUACUUCAUCUACUCACCUCAAUUAACUAAAAAGAAUUAUUUUAACUUAGACAGUUCAUUCGUUUUAUUCACAGCAGCCUCGACAGCAUUCAUCAGAGAUCCUCUGUAUUCAAUGAUUAAAAUAAAAUUAGAAAUUAAAACAUUAA